GGCUAGCUCAGCCUGGGCGCAGCAGCGGGGGCCUGAGCGUGGGCGCCGGAGCCGAACCUCGGGGAUGCUUCGGACUCCCGAGCCGCGGCCCGGGGAGGCGGGGGCAGCUAGCUGCAGCCCCCGGGCCGCGCCGCCCACCCAGUCCAAGCCGCUCACCUCCUUCCUCAUCCAGGACAUCCUGCGGGAAGGCGCUGAUCGGCGCGGAGGUCACGCGGGCAGCCCGCAGCCCCCGCCGCAGCCCCCGCGCCAGCCUGACCGGAGGCGAGACCCUGAGCCGGAGCCCGAGGGAGGAAGAGGCGGCGCCGGGGCGCCGGAGGACCAGCCGAGAACCCGGCCCCGCGCUGCGCGCGGGGAGGCCGAGCAGCCGGCGGAGACCGAGCCAGAUAGGCACUUUGAGGCUUAUCUGUUGGACGCCUUACCGAGCCUGCCCCCAGCCCCCAAGCAGCCACAGAAGCGCUCCCGGGCCGCCUUCUCGCACACUCAGGUCAUCGAGUUGGAGAGGAAGUUCAGUCACCAGAAGUAUCUGUCAGCUCCCGAAAGGGCUCACCUGGCCAAGAACCUCAAGCUCACGGAGACCCAAGUGAAAAUAUGGUUCCAGAACAGACGCUAUAAGACCAAGCGGAAGCAGCUCACCUCAGACCAGGGAGACCUGGAGAAGCAUCCUUCCUUGCCAGCUCUGAAAGAGGAGGGCUUCUCGCGGGGCUCCCUCAUCUCCAUGCAUAACACCUGCCCUUACUACCCCUACCUUUACUGCUUGGCAGGCUGGAGCCCAGCUUUCUGGUAACGCCGCCGACAACCACGAGGGAUCAAGAACUGCCUUCCCCAGGUGGUCCCUCUGGAAGGCAAAAGGGCCCCGGGGUCAGGGAAGGCUGAGCAGGAAAAGGCACAAGACCAAAACUGUUGGAGGUUUGCAUGGAAAUCCCAGAUUCCUCACUGGUGGGCCAAUGAAAGAUCUGGGACAGGGAAUGCUUUAAUAUCCAAAGAGUUCCCCCAACACAGAACGUAGGUCAUUUUUGCUUUUAGAGACCUGCUUGAAGUAGAGAGGGAUAAAGCCAAGUGCUGUUUCUAGCACUUCGGGUGAUUUUGUAGGGGGUGUCCACACCACUUCCGAGGAUUCUGUUUCCUCCAACUCCACCCUCUUGUGUAACUGGGUAUCCACUCUGAAAGAGCACACCCGAAGGGGGAGGGGGGCGGGGAAGGACGGCUAAUAAGAGGACGUCACCUACUGAAUUCAACUGAAGGUCAAAAGCCUCUCGUUGGCCUUGGGCUAUGACCAAGGUUUCUCUCUGUCCCUGGAAGAGAGAGGGAAAUGGAGAAUCCCACAGAGAAGCCUGUCGUGCUCAGCGCAGGUUGGCACGGGAUAUGGAGGUGGGUAGGAAGAGAUGAAAAUAGAAGCUUCUUAUUAUUCCUUUUUAAAUAAUAUGCCCACUUAAGUAUUUAUAGGGUGGCCCAAGCAGAACAAGAAGCACUCACUGUGGUCUUAAGACAAAGCUGUAUAAACAGAGCUCUACUGCAGGAGGCGGGCCCAGGCCAGGAGAAUCCCUGCGUGUCCAAGACAGCGGUCUAAGGAGGAGCCUCUGCAAUGCUGCUGGGGGGGAGCAUUGCAUUUUUUUUUUUUUAAUUAGCGAAAGGUAAAAAAGCCUCUUCUGACCUUUUUGCUCUGGGUCCGAGAAUUUAGAAUGAGAAGAUUCCUGGAGUUUUCAGGCUGUAAUUCAUUCUACACCAUGACAGAUCACAUAAUUCCUUAAGCUCCUUCCUUUCCCCUAUCUUUUAUUUUUUGUUCCCUUUCCACAAGUCACCCACUGCAGUUCUUCGUUUAGUCUGAUUGCACCUAACAUACACCUUCCUUAUUUAGCCCGAGAUCUGGUCUUUUUUUUUUUUUUCCCCAAAGUUUUAUCUCUCCUGGGUUUAAAAAAAGUAGGGAGGGAGCAGAUUCUGAAUUGGCUAAAAGACAUGCAUUUUUUUAAAAAAACUAGCGAUUCUUAUGUCUUUCCUUUAAAAAUAUACAGCAUUAAAUCCCAAAUCCUAUUUAAAGACUUGACAGCUCCAGAAGGUCACUGCUGCUUUUAUAGGACUUUCUGGUGGCUCUGUUGUUACAGCUCAAAGUCUGAGAACCCUUUGGGAUCCCUGCAGGCAGAGGAGGUAAGAGGUAUCGAGCUUUCACACUCAAGGAAGAAUACAGCGCAGAGUGAAGGGUCAGGCGCCCGUAGAGCUGUCUAGUGGAAAUUGAAGGCUCAGGGGUGGAGCGUGGAGAAAAGGGGCCUGGACCUUAGAAAGCCCCAUCUCCUAAGCAAGCUGACCGGGCUGAUGGCACUUUGCAGGAAGGAGCUCAGAAAAAGGAAACAGUUUUCAAAACACAUUAUUGCGUCUUCCAUCACCAAACAAUGAAACUGUCCAAAUGCUUCAGGAACUGUGUUUAGUGCUUAUAAAAAAAAAAAAGGGUCCCCCCAAAUGAGUCACCUGGUGACUUCAGAGAGAAUGAGAAGAGGGCACAGGAGAAAUUUGGCCACCCUUCUGUUUUUAUCCUAUAAUCUCAGGUGACCUGGGAGAGGGGAGACAUCGGAAUGAAAAAAAGCCAGUUGCUAAUGAGGUACCCUGAGGCCUGGAAAUCUCUUGAUCCCACUACUUAAUUCUGUUCAAUGAGAAACCUUUCAAUUUCCUCCUAUUAAAAAGGUCCAAUUUACUGUUGGUGGCAAAACUGCCAAAGUCGAUAGAAAGUUGGCUCGUUUCAUCCCAUUUCCUAUGGUUUGAGCUCCACAUUGAAAUACUGUCGAAUGCCACGUGUUGCCCACACAGAAAGGGGAGCGCAGAAGGCAGUGCAGCCUAAAUUGCUUUUCUCCCUCUCACACGUCUUCUAAGAUAAACGUUCAGUGCUCGCUCUCUGGUCAGUACCCUUCCUCUCCCUCCCUCUGCGUUGAAUUCUUUCAACCCCCAAACCUGCAAGUAUUAAACAUUUCACUGUGAUGUAUAUUGUGUUGCAGAAAGAAAAAAAUAAGUCUUUGUUUAGAAUUCUUUGGUUUGGUGAAUCCAUCUUGCUUUUCCCCCAUUGGAACUAGUCACUCACCCAUAUCCAAACUGGUAGAACAACCUUUGAAGAGCUAGUAUAUCCGUAUCUGAUAGGUAAACUGGAGGGUACCCCACCCUGCCAGACCACUUCACCCAGACAACCUGUUUCUAUCCUGUUUAAUAAAUCGGUUUGGGUUCUCCACGUGCACAACAAACUCUGCUCCAAUCUGUAACACACAAACCUGUGAGUUGAAGUUUAGUAAAGUACACCGACCAAACUUUAUAUUUCUAUGUAUUUUU